GUAUGAGUCGUCUGGUGAUUUUCGCUGAGCUUUUGCAUUUUCCAUCCCCCUUUGUCUAUCUAUAUAUCUAUGGCCGACUGACUUCUCUAUUCCUAUGAGCCUUUUUUUCCUUUUCUUGUGUUCAAUGAUCUAUUUCCCUCCUGCGAUGGUCGGGGGAAGAGUGGGACAGAGGGAACGCGGGAUGGGCCAUGGGGCGAUGCAGAGUAGUUACUGCUGUUGCGGGCUAACUGUUCUAAACGACGGUGAAGGUACUGCAGCCAAUAUCAUGAAGCGAACGGUGCUUGGUGGUCAUUGUAUAUCUGUGUGAACUGACUGUAUUCUAAACUCUGUCCGAGUCCUAUCUAUGGCCCGGUCAUAUCAAAACUAUGCGGAUAUUUCUCUUUUCAACUAUGGCUGAUUCUUUUG